AUGUUUAGAUUAAGAAAUAAUAACAAUAACGAGAAUAACAAUAAUAACGAGAAUAAUAAUAAUAACAAUAAUGACAAUAGCAACAAUAACAAUGAAAAGGAAAUGAAAGAAGUGGAGGAAGAAGAAGUAGAAGUAGAAGAAGAAGAAGAUACAGUAGAUACAGUAGAAUCAAUGUCAGAUGUACAUCAACCAGUUACAAAUCAAGAUGAAAUCGAUGAAUCAAUGAAUUCAGAGGAUGAUGAUUCUGAUCAUUACUACUAUGAUGAAGAUGACGAUGAAGAUUUAGUUGAUUACUAUUUGAAUGAAGAUGACGAUGAUGAUGAAGGUGAUGAAAUUGAAAUAGAUCAAGAUAAUAACAAUAAUAAUAACAAUAACAAUGCUGUUGGUGAUGCUGUUGCUGCUGCUGCCGCUGCAGGUGGUGCAGGUGGAAGAGGUAUUCUCGAGGAGAUGUUGGGUGAGUUGACUAGAUCGAUUCUGACAUCAUCGUUGAAUCCAUUCAAAGACUUUAGCGGAUCGUCCGCAAAGAAAGUAGAGAUCAAACUCGAUGAAGACAUGAAAGCUUUCAAAGGAUGGCAACCAACUCCCGAGGAAAUCAAGACACUCGCCAACAAAAUGGCAAGUUCUCCCAUCGAUUUACUUGUCAAACAUGUUCAUCAACAAGACACAACAACUACAACUACCACCACCAACAACAACAACGCCAACAACACUGACUUGACAAACGAAGACUGGCAAAACAUCAAAGAACAUCUCGACAUUCUAGCAUUCAACAGCGAUCGUAAAGUAUUCUCACAAUUCCUAAUGAGAUCGAUUCUCUUUAUGACGACUGACCAUAGCAAUGAUAAAAAGAAUAUGUAUGAUUCGAUUAAACAGAAACAAACGGUUACUACUUGUGGAACUGUUUUCAAGAGUGGAGAAUGGGGAUUCCAGUGUAAGCAGUGCCAGGAGGAUGAAACCAGUAUUCUUUGUGAACCUUGUUUCCGUGAUAGCAAUCACGAGGGACAUGACGUGCGUCGUAUUCGUGUGGGUAGCGGUGGAUGUUGUGACUGUGGAGACAGUGAUUCUUGGAAGGUCACUGGAUUCUGCUCGAAGCAUCGCGACGUCUCUGACACCGAUGAAAUUGCACUGGCGCCACUCGUCGAACUCGGUGGUGUCGCACACAUCAAGAAAUGCGAGCGAAUCCUUGGAAUAUUAUUAGAUAUAAUCAUUCGAACUCUCUCUGAAUCCUAUCAUUACUUUUACUAUGCUCAAAAUACUAAAUACCCAUAUAAUAAGCUUUUAGGUGAAGAUCAAUAUGGUGUUUUAAUAUAUAAUGAUGAUGUCAAUUCAUUCGACGGUGUAAUUUCAUCGUUGAAAAAGUCUAUUCCCGAUGUUCCGGCAAUCGUUACCAGUCAGAAUUGCACAGACUAUGCUCACUAUGUUCAUAUGAACGAUAGAUGUGUUAUAUUUAUUGGAAGCUACGAUCAAUGCCAGAAUCGUAUCUUUUGUAAUUUGUUGAAUCUUCCAGUUGGAGAGUAUCAUCAUCAACAAGACAACAACAAUAAUAGCAAUAAUAAUAAUGAAAAUUCCAACUACUCAAAUUCAAGACUUGGUAAACUUUUGGUAAACUUCCAGAAACUACCAAAACUCAAACAAAAGGUUAUGAAGAAUUGGUUGUUCUCAUUGACAUUUGACCGGUCGUUCAAGAUUGACUUUUCCGUUUGCUUUGCCAAGAACUAUCCCGUGAUUGUAGACAACUUUAUCAAGGAUAUCUACGAGUAUUCCGACUCGCUGUUAUCACUCACCGUGCAGAUAUUCACCAUUCCAUUCAUCACCCAGACACUGGUCAACAACUACAACAUUCUCGAUAUCUUCUUUAACUACCUCACAGAGAAGAUACCUGAAUAUUUCUGUAAAGAUAAGAAAUCUCUAACAUUCCAGAGUAAAAUUGAUAACUUCCAUGCAUUUGAUAAAUUUAAAUAUGCAUUGACCGAUCUCCAAUAUAUUCUGGCUAUUAAACCAGUGUUCAAACAAUUGAUGAUCAAAUCACCAGAAAAGAUCAACCCAUUGCUUAUGACAAUGGCAUUACUACAUCUUUCUCAUGAAAACAUUAGAGUUUCAGGUGCCUAUAGUGAACAAAAUGAAUGGGCAAUCUAUUUCACAAAUAGUUUCUUUAUUUCAAAGAUCUUCUUUGAUAUUACAUCCUCUUUGAUACCGGAUAAAGGUGUUAAACCUGACUCUGAAGAUCAAUUAGCCAUUCAAAGAACUAUCGAUAUUCUCUGUAGUGCUGCCACUCAGAUUAAGCAACGCUCGGUCGGAGUAUCUUUUAAUCUACCGAUUCAUCGUUCGUUGGCACUAACCUUGUUGAUUGCCAAUCGCUAUCUACCCUCGAACAUCACUCACACCGCAAUAUCACUUUGGAACGAUCCAAUACUCGCGCAACAACUUCUCUACGGUCCUGCCAACAUUGACAACCUCAUUGCCGAGAGUAACUCUCGUCUCUGGCUAAAGAACGGUGAGCCAAUCCGUAACCAAAUCUCAAACUACACCUCUCAUACCUAUCUUCGUUAUCUCUUUAUCGAAUUUGAUUUCAUCCUUAAACAAAAUAUAUGUUGUAUUUUGAAAUCAGAUAAAUUCUUAAAAGUUUAUCUAAGUAAUUUCCCAAUGAUAAGCAGUGAAUUGUUUGAUUCCUCAAAGGCAUUGAACAACUAUGAGAUGGGUAUUCUCUCACACUUUUUCAGAUAUAUCAUUACGUUGGUGACAGAACGUUGCUACGUCGGUACUCAAAGUCACAUUGAGACGAUCAAGCAUGACAUCAUCCAUCAGUUGUUCAUCAAGAAUAGAACAUUCACCAAGUUGAUCAUGUUGCUGGGUGUGGAGUUGCGAUUCCUCUCUACCACCCACAAAGAGAUCGAAAAGAUACUGGAGGAGGUUGCCAUCUUCAUACCGCCAACCACUCUCAACGAGCAAGGCAAGUUUGCACUUCGUCCACAGUAUCAAUCGUCGUACAACAAAUACUACUUUGGCUACUCCACAAAGUAUCGUGAGAAAGCUGAGGAAGUCGCCAACAAGCUGAACUCAAAGAAUGGCGGUAACAACAUCCGUUCGAUACCGACCAAGUUGCUCUCACCGCUCAAGCCAGAGUUUGACGAACUCAACAAUGUCUUGGUGUCGCCAUACAUCGAGCAAAACGACGAUGAGAAGAAACAGAUGAUGAUGAACGCACGGCGAAAGAUUCUCGACCAAUUCAAUGCGCAACAACAGAACUUCCUUACCACCUCUAUGGAGGACUACGACGACGAGGACGAAGAAGACGCGGAUAUCACCGGUGUGGAGACAACACGUCCAACCGAUACCAAAGGUGUCUGCAUUCUCUGUCGUGAGGAGAACUACAUCAACGAUGUCAACAAUCCAAUUGGAAACUUUUGUUACAUCCAAAACACCAGACAUCAACAGAUCCUCUUGGAGCGAGCGAGCUUUGAUUCAUCGUACGCUCUCAAAGAUCCGAACGACAGCAUUGAGGAGUGUGUAUUGUUGAAUCCGCCAGCCUAUCAUUCCGAAACGAUCGCACAGUUCUGUGGUCACUCUGUUCAUAUCAAGUGUUUCGAGAAGAUGGACAAGAUCAACAAUCAGUUUCUUGCCACUCAACCAAGUACUCAACAGUCUGCUAAAGUCAUUCUCAACAUCGAGAGUCAGCAAGUCCGAACAGUAUAUCGCGUUGGUCAAUCAGCUGUACCAACAGAUUGUCAACAACUCGCCCGACAAUUGUCCAAAGACAGUGAACUACACUGCACCACAGAGAUUCUACAAUGA